ACUGGAAAGUACUUGCACGUGUGAAAGGAAUUUUGUUUACAAUUUCCAUUGUUUGAGUUUGUGAUAAUUUUGUGAAGGAAAAUCCAUUGAAACUGUUUAAAAAUCGUCAGAAAUGGACGUAGAUGGUGAGAGGGAGGCUCAGACAGUGCAAUCACAUGAUGAAAAUACUGGAAAUCCGAAGAAAAGUGCUGAAGUCCUUGAAGCAGGAAAUGAAGGAGGAAGACAAGAGGAUGUUGCUAAAAAGCAGGCUGUUGAGAUGAAUGCUGUAAAUUCCUUGGCACUCUUGGCUGCCUACAACAGUUCAUCGGAUUCAGAGAGUGAUUCUGAGUCCUCUUCGUCAUCUUCUUCUUCCUCAAGCAGUUCCAGCAGUGAUUCCGAGAGAGAAGAGGAAGUAGUUAUCACCAACACAACAACUUACAGAGAGGCUCCAGUUGUCAUUGAAGAUUCCAGCAAUGAAGAUUCCAACGAGGAAUCAUCGGGUGAUGAAAACGAGAGGACAAAGAAAACUUCGCAGAAGCCACCUUCUCAGCAGAGAUCCGGAAUUAAGGCCAAAGGUGAAUUGGAUCUGAGUGAAUUACCUCCGAUUGAGGAUCUUCAAAUCAGCGUGAAGGAGGAGGAAUGCCUCCUGAUGGGGAAGAUCUUCUCGAUUGUGGAGCAAAUGGUGCUAGUUGAGUCCAAAAGGGGAAACGUUGUUCUGGAUUUGGAUACUGUUCUCUUUGUGGAACGUGGUCAUAAGACCUUGGGAAAGAUAUUCGAUGUCCUGGGUCCUGUAGAUCAGCCUAUAUAUUGUAUCCGGUUCAAUUCGGCAGCACAGAUUGCAGAGAAGGAUUUUAAGGUGGGAAUGGAUGUUUUCUGGGUGGCAAAGCCUGAACAUUCUUCCAUUGUCGUCGUGCCCAAUUUGAUGAAGCAGAAAGGCUCAGAUGCCAGCUGGGAGAAUGACAUUGAGCCCCCGGAGGGUUGUCUGGACUACUCGGAUGAUGAACAGGAGCGCGCUUGUCGUCGGAUAAGGAAGCAACAAACAAAGCCUAAACGAGUUGAUGAACAGCCUUUGAGACAGAGGCCAAUCCUCAGAGGACAGAGGAGGCGCCCCAAUCUACCCAAUCGAGCUCCUCAGACGUCGCAGCAUCCCAAUCUGCACUGGUAUCAGUAUCCACCGCCUCCUGUGAACAAUUGGGGAGGUCCUGUCUAUGUCAAUCCCUUCGCCUAUCAAGUCGCCAAUAUGCCCUACAUGCACCCUCCACCUCCACCACCUCCGGCUCGCUCCCAAACUCCCAUUAAAAUAGAACACGAAGAACCUCCACCUCCUGGAUGUAAUUAAAUAUAACUUACUGAAUAAAAUAAAUCCAAAAGGAAUUCUGAAUAAAA